AUGGCACUGGGCAAUCGAUUAUCCGAAGACCCUACAAAUUCUCUGAGCUACCAGACUUGGAUUUCCGAACUGACGCUCUACAGAGACUCCGGUGAUAAGGAAAUCAUGAUCCCGCGAUACUAUGUUGCUGCCAAUGGACCGUACACCGGUGCCAAGUACAACUGGAAUGACUCGACGGUACCUCAAGUGAACCUUGGAAACAGGGAGGUUGUAUUCACCCAGGGAAAACUUAUUGGUGGUGGAAGCGGUCUCAAUGCCAUGGUAUAUGACCGUGGCCGUGCAGCUGACUAUGAUGCCUGGGCCGAUUUGGGCAACCCAGGCUGGAAUUUUGACAGUCUGCUCCCGUACUUUAGGAGGGUUGGUUUCCAGACCCUUAGUGAACCGCUCGGUCUCCUUUGGGUUCCAACUAACAUUCAGAUACAGGCCGAAACCUUUACACCUCCUAGCGAUGACCAAGUCGAGGAAUUCGGUAUCACUUGGAAUCCUGAAUGCCACGGAACAGACGGCCCGGUCCAGUCGAGCUAUUGUCGCUAUGUUUACCCACAACACAAUAACUUCAUGGCUGCUUUCGAAAGCCUGGGUGUAUCGCAGCCGCUAGACCAGUCUUGUGGUAACACGCUUGGCGCUUACCUAACAACCCAUUCCAUCCACCCUACAAACCAAUCUCGAUCUUUCGGCCGUACCGCUUGGUACGAUUCAUCGAUUGACAGAGCAAACUUGCAUGUUUUAACGGAGACGCAUGUUACUAAGUUAGUAACUGCAGCCCGUAAUGAUACGGUUGUAGUUACUGGCGUUGAGUUCGCAGCAUCGCGAGAAAGUGGAAAGGCUAGUGUCAACGUAGUGAAGGAGGCUAUACUAUCUGCAGGUAGCCUUCGAUCCCCUCAGUUGCUUAUGCUCUCUGGCAUCGGCCAAAAGGCUCAGGUUGAGGAACACAGAAUUGAUUCUGUUGUUGACCUUCCUGGUGUGGGAGCCAACUUACAAGAUCAUGCUAUCAAUGCUAUGGUCCUCAGUAAUCUCGAGAACGAAACAUUCGAUUCUGUCCAGGGUGAUCUCUACUACGAAAACAGAACUGGAAGGUGGACUGAUGGACUCCCUGCCACUCUUGCUUUUAUUCCGUAUCUUGAUUUCGCUUCAAACCCUGAUGUGCUUGAUAGCAUGGACGCUAGCACGGCAAGUACCUAUCUUGCAAACAUCACCGAUCCUAGCGUCAGAGCAGGCUACAAAGCUCAGAUUGAGCAUGUCGUUGCCAAUCACCGCGAUCGCAAGACAGCUGGCCAAGAACUCAUGGUUCUAAACGGUGGCACGUUCCUAGUCACCAUCCUGAUGCACCCACUCUCUCGCGGAACAGUUACGCUGGCAUCCGCGGAUCCAUUCGACCAUCCAGUCAUCGAUCCUCGGUAUCUUUCCCAUCCUGCUGAUAGACAGCUCUACGCGGACGCUCUGAAGUACGAUCGAAAGAUUGUUGCGACAGAAGAAUUCCAAGCGAUGAAAGCAGUGGAGGUUGCACCUGGAGGCGAGAUCACGGACGAUGCUUCACUAGGCGCUUAUGCUGCUGCCGGUCUCUCUACUGUUUGGCAUCCUGCCGGCACUUGUGCCAUGAUGCCCAUUGAGCUUGGUGGUGUGGUAGAUUCACACCUUAGGGUUUAUGGAGUUAGUAACUUACGCAUUGUCGAUGCUUCUAUCAUUCCCAUGUUACCAGCAGCACAUGUACAAGGUACUACGUAUGCUAUUGCCGAAAAGGCAGCAGACAUGAUUAAGUCUGGUAUUUGA